UCACGCUGUUUGCCUAGUAGGCGGACUGCGUCGGUAACGCUGACGCCGAUGGUGGAAGUAGUAACGGUAGCCAGCGGUACCGGGCAUCAGUGGUGGCUAAUGGCAGCGGCUGGCGAUUGCGGACGUUCAUGGAAAGCGGCGAUGGUCGAGCCGGCGAACAGAGAAAGAAGGCGCCGGACGAAAGAAGAAGAAGGUGGAAGAGAUCAUUCGAGAGGGAUCUUCGAUUGGAGAGCGCUCGUCGAGCCUCCGGGAGAUGCCGUGCUCGUCGUCGGCUGACUGCAAUUGCCCUGGCUGCGAUAAGCUGCCAGGACAAACGAGCUCGAGGGUCGCGGGUGGCAUACUGCUUUUCGCCUCCGCCGUCCUGAUCUUCGUGCUUAUACUGUCCGUGCAGCCGACCGAUUACGAGCUGCAUGUCGCAUCAAAUGAGGAGAUCACACAUAAGCCUAUCGUCGAUAAGGCGGACUAUGUUAGUCUACGGCUGCGAAACCAAAUGGAUGUAGUGAUCGCCUCUGAUUUAACGCUAGAGGAUGCCGAGGUCGCGCUCUGCGUUCGAGUUGGGUCAUGGUCCGACCCCAAAGAACUUCAGGGCCUGGCGCAUUUCACCGAGCACGUGCUAUUUUUAGGGAAUAAAAAGUAUCCUGGAAAAGGCGAUUUCAUCAGCCAUAUUCAGAGCAAUGGCGGGACCCUUAACGCUCGGACGGGCAAGGAAAGGACAUGCUACUUUUUCAGCAUCGAUCCAGAUCACUUAGAGACCGCUAUAAAUAUGUUCGGCUGGAUGAUGAAGGAGCCUCUAGUUAUGCCCGAAACGGUUACGAGUGAAUUACAAAAUGUCGACAGUGAGUACAAGCGAUUAAUGAAUCAAGAUGGUCGCCGCGUGGAAGCUGUAGAUAGCGAGACAUCAGACCCCGGUCAUCCGCAGCAAAUGUUUGAUUGUGGCUCAUCCCAUAAUAUGAUGCAGGGUGUAGAAAUAUUGAAAUCGCCACUACACGUUGAAAUGGAUAAAUUCUAUAGGUACUACUAUUCGUCUAACUUAAUGGCGCUUGGUGUGCGUGGCCCGUUUGAUGUGGACACUCUCAAGAAGUUAGCGGUUAAGAAUUUCUACGAUGUGCGGAAUACUGGAGUCGUUCAAAAGGUCUGGCCUGACCCUUACCUUCAAACUAGUGGCAAAGAAAUCUUUGUAGUUCCAGCACGGGAUGUCAAUGAUUUAUAUAUACGAUUUUCGCUACCCAAUAUCACUACAGCCCGUGAGACAUCUUUACUAAAGACGAUUCUCCGCAGCGAGCAUGAAGGCGGCCUUGUCAAGAAGAUCAAGGACAAGUUAUGGACAUCGACAAUAUCGAUCUACGAUGAAAAUUACGUCGGAAGUACGACGUUAUCGAUCGAGUUCCAUCUAACGAAGGUCGGCCUCGAUCAUCGAGCCGACAUUGUGGAAAUGACAUUUGCGUACCUAAACUUCCUUCGUCAACGUCGAGAAGAUGAAUUUCUGGAGAUUUUUGAAGAUUUGCGUGAUGUUGAGGAAUUGGAAUUCAAAUACUUUAGUGCCAAAGAGAUAAGGAAAACACGGCGGGAUUAUGUAUAUAUAUUGGAUUUGGUUGAAAAUCGAAUGAUGUACGAUAUAGACCACGUAAUAUCAGGUUCGCGAUUAUUAGGUGCCUUUGAUUUUGCCUUCCUUCAGUACAUGCUUCGACAGCUUGUGCCAACAAAUACUCGAAUCUUUGCGGUUUCACAAAUCUUCGCCAAUAUGACAGACCGUAUUGAGAAGUUCUAUCAGGUGCACUACACGGUGAAAAACAUUACUGAGAAGCAGGUAGCACACUGGAAGGCUGCCCGGUCGGAUUUCUCGCUUCCAUUAAGAAAUACAUGGAUACCACGAAAUGUGACAGUGGUUCGCACGGACUCGAAGUACAUUAAAGAACCAGUACUAGUAGCAAAUUAUACGACGUCCCGACUGUGGCUGCUACAGACAAAUUUUGGAGUCCCAAAAACCGACGUGACAGUAUACUGGAAGACUCAUAUCGACGGACCCGAUUCGACAAACGGAGUAGCGACAGAGUUGAUCCUGAGGGUGUUUCGACGGUCUCUUAGCGACCAACUUUACAUGGCAAAGAAUACAGGUCUUAACGUACGAUCGUCCCUCAAAUCACGUGGCUCCUUUGGCAACUAUGGGUCGCUAAUGUUUGGUUUUAAUGCGUAUAGCGCUAUCCUGCCAAGAGUAGUCGACCUGGUCUUCCAACAUUUCCAGGAGUUUAACGUUGAUGCUGAAACCCUAAGAAUGAUUAAAGACGUUUAUCGAAUUUCUCUGAUGGAACCCGAACUGUAUUCUACAGUUGAGCAUUGCAACAUCCAGGAACGUCUACUCCUAAAAACCAACCUCACUUCGCGGCAGGACAAAAUCAAAACAUUGGAAAAUGUAACUAUCAACGAAAUUCGCCAAGUUCUAUCGAUAAUUCGAAAACCCGAACUAGUGAAAGUGUUUGUCUCUGGAAACAUAGAGAAAUCAGUAGCAGAGGAAAUGUUUACGAAGAUUGUUCCCACUAUCGCCAACUCAUCGUACCUGGCUAGCUGUGACGAUCUUCCCCGCAAGUAUGGCUUGCCGCCGGGAAGCCUGUUCCAUUACGUUGGCUAUGACGAGGGCCAAUCGCAGCGGUCGGUUACGACAUAUCAUGAAGUCGGAGUCAUUUCGUCGGACAAAGAGGUUAUGCUUCGCGAAUUGCUCGUUCAUAUUGCUAGCCCCGAAGCGUUCAAUAUUUUACGGACGAAAGAACAACUUGGUUAUGGCGCAGGCGUCAUUUCUGUUGUGGAUUCACGCUCCCACGGUCUAAUGACGUACGUGGAGACAAAGAAUAAUACCAAUUACGUGAUGAAUCGUAUUUUCCACUUUAUGAGGGUUUAUCUUCGUCAGUACAUCAACGAUCUAACCGAAGAGCAGUUUAAUCAACAUCGCUCUGCUGUACUGUUGAAAAAACGCCUCAAACCAGUCAAGAAGGUUGAAAGGUUAGGAUCCGAGUUGCUGGACUGUAAUUGUGACUACACCAGAGAAGCAAGAUAUGCGGCCAUCUUAAGCAAAUUAACGGUCGAUGACGUUAAACAGUUCCAUCAGACCUACUGUAACGACGACCAAACCUGGAAGGUGAUCGUCACAAUCAUCGAGAAAGAUGCCGGUGAUACACAAAUCGGACAAGGCUUUCCCCGCGACCCUAAGGAAAAAUUCUCUGACAUCGCGCAGUUCCAAAACAAGCUCAAGCUUCUACCACCUGUAAAAAGCAGAUGCCGGUAGAAUGCCAAAAUAAGAAACAAAUACCGAGUUCAUAUAGGUUGGUUGCAAUCAAAGUGGUGGGCUGAUUCUGGGGUGCUGGGUAAAAUGAAAUCAUAUAUAUAUAUAUAUAUUAUGUUGAAUAACGAAAAAAGAAAAACACCGUAAAGUAGCAAAUGUUCAAAAAAAAGGCACUACUUAAAUUUGUUUCUAUUUCUAACAUUAUAGAUUUGUACAUGACUUCAUUGGGGGGCGUGCGUGUGCUUGUAAUAGUAUACCUAAUGAGCAUUUAUAUGAAACGACUCAAGGUAAUUAUAACAUGAUGUUAUUACGACUUAGACGUAAGCAACAAAAAAUCAACCAGUUAAUUAUCUAUUACUGUAAAUUUCUCGGCAGGUCAUAUUAAUGCUCACAAGCACAAAAAUCACAUUCGCUUAUAUACAUACAUAUAUACAUACAUACGUACAUACAUAUAUACAUACAUAUGCAUUGCUACGAACACAAAAAUCUGCUUCUCACCAAUUGUUUAAGGAUUUUGGGCGGAUGGCCGUGUGCAAGGUAUCUUCUUUUGUUUUUCAUUUGUAAAGUGAAUCAAGGAAGUGUGUUAUGGCGCGUAACAUAUACGUAAAGACGGAGGAACCAAAUGUUUAUUGGCGGUACUCAUUACUCAACUAUAUCGCAUCAUUCCAUUUACCAUUUGUUCAUCACGACGUGUGAGCACAAACCUAGAGGAGCUUUCCCGCAUCUCGAUUUGAGUAUCAUCAACUGGUUGAAAAUAAAAGUAAAACGAC